AUGAGGCUGAUCAAGCACCAGAUCAUUAACUCCACCUCUGCCGACACUAAGGUAGUUCUUGUCUUCGAUUUGAAAAAGGCUUUUGACAACCUAUCGCACGCCUUUACUCUCAAGAGCCUGACCGAGUUUCACAUCGGCAAGCGCGUGUACAAUUUAGUGCGCUCCUUCCUUUCCUCGAGGUCCACCAAACUCAAGAUUGACGAGUUUCUGACCCACAAAAUUCAGCUUGGGCCAAAGAGAACUCAGGAGGCGGUGAUCUCCCCGACGCUGUUCAACAUCUCCAUGAUCAACCUGUUGAGGGCCUUGAACAAGAUCCCGAACAUUAACUACACGAUCUACGCGGACGAUAUCACCAUCUGGUGCCCCAGCGGAUGUGAGGAUCAGGUCGAGGGCGCUUUGCCAGAGGCCAUCGAUGUGACGGAGCGGUAUCUUGUCCCCACCGGGCUAAGGUGCUCGCCCGCUAAAUCCGAGCUCUUACUCUACAAGAGCCGUGAGAACCGCUCCUGGAAGCCAGCAACGGAGAGCCACAUUAUGUUAUUAACCAAUAACAGCUCCCCAGUCCCACGGGUGGACACUAUCAGGGUCCUGGGAAUGUUUAUCGAGUCUAACGGAGCCAAUGGAGCCGCCCUCAAACGCAUUUGUUCCAAGACCGAAAGCGCCCUCAGUCUGACAUGA